AUGGAUGCAGACGAAGUCGAUUUCUUUGGUUCAAUAUUCUGUAUCAACCACAUCACUGUAAUCAUCUUCAUCCUCAGGAUUCAAUCCGUUGCCACUAUCCAUGCCUGUCUCAAAGGGAUGACCAAAUGGCCCUUUGAUUCUGCUUUGAAUUUUGAUUCUGUCACUUCAAAUGAAAAAAUCCAAAAACCAAGUCCCUGGCACAACAAUCCAGGAUUAGGGUGGCAAACAAGCAACGACUUACCUGUUGAAAAAAAGAAUAAGGAGGUCUGGCCUUCAAUCAGAAAUAAAUACUGGAACAGAGCCUCUCCUUUUGGAGGUAACUAUGGUUCCAUUAAUUCAGGAUCUGUGAUAUCUAGCUCAAGCUACCAAAACCAAGGUCUUGAGACCAGUCAGGGGUCAAGUGCCAUGCAAGGUCAAAGUACUUCCGCGUGGAGCUCUAAUUCCAAUUUCAAUGGACUUGAAAGACAUCCCUGGAAUAGUUCUGCCAAUCUCAAUAGUACAGGGUGGAGCACUCUCCCCCCUAGUCUUUCGAUGAAUAACCAAGGCCAUAAUAUGCAAAUUCGUGCCAGUUCUGCUGGAAGUGAUGGUAAUUCCAUGAAUUCAUUUACUUCAAGUAACAUCUCCAGUAUGGCCUGGGGAGGACCUGCUUCUCAGGGUGGUGGGGGAAUUGGUCGUCCCCCAAGUGCAGCCAUGCAGUUGAUGCAGCAGCAGCAGCAACAUAGUGCUGGCACAGGGGACAUGAACAGUCACAACAGAUCUGUACCAAGCAAUGGUGCUUCACUCAAUACAAGUGAACCUCAGGGUGGCUGCCAGUCAAGGGGGGGACAUACUGGCAAUCCAUUAUUGUGGCAGGGGGUUAACCAGGGUAUGCCACCACCACCACCGGGUACAUCUUCACUCCGUGGCAAUAGUUGCAAUGAAUCCAGUUGGAGUAGUGUCAAUGUUCCAGGAAUUGGAAAUGCUAAUCCGAAUAACCGAUCACUAGUGAUCAACAAUCAGGGAGAUGAUAAACAAAUUGACAAUACGUGCCAGCAGAAUUCUGGUGACGUUUCAUCAAAUUGGAGCGUAUUGUCUGGUGCCAAUAACGGGAAUGCUAAAAAGAAUGCAAGCACCUGGGACCGAGCUGUAUCGCCGGCCACAAGUGUCAGCACUGAGUGGAGCAAUGCUGCUGGACAAAGGCCCAGCACAUGGGCACAGGCUGCUGGAAAGGGACUCAACAAUUCCUCAACUUCUAAUUCCAAUAAUGGAAAUUCUGCUGCUGGGAACAAUGGAUCUCGUUCUUCGAUCACUGCUCAGCGGGAUGAGAUAAAACGGCUAAUUGAAAGCAACGAAGGCUGGGGAUCACGCCCAAUCAGGCAAGAUAGUACCUGGGUUGUGCAAUUCUCUCCCAAAUCAAAACGGAAAUUUGAAGAGGAAUCAAACGUUUGGAAUAAUGGCAGCAGCAAUGGCACUGCUAUUUGGGAAGGAACCAAAGAUGGAACUGCAAUAUGGUACGGUACUGCUGGCAGGCCUGGGGCAUCUGGCUACCACCAUGAAACUGACAAUUCUGGUACUUGGGGUGAUAAAUCUAACAAACCAUCCUCAGGUGCUGUUGGUACCAGUACUAAUGGGAGUGGCAGUGGCACCAGUGGCAACAAUGCUAGUACAAAUAAUCCAGUGCGGUGUGGCAGUGCAGGAGGUGGCAGCAGCAUAAUUGGGAGCAACCCUGCUGGCAGCAACAGUGGUAAUGCAACAAAUGGUGGAAACAAUACCAGCACUACCACUCAGGGUAACAGCAACAUAAGUAGUAGCAACAGCAGCAACAAUGGCAUGGGUGGUAGCAUCUCUGUUCGAAACAAUGGCAGCAGCCAGCCUGCCGAACCACAACCCAACAUUGGCAGCAACAACAGUGAUAAGAAUGUCGGUAUGUGGAGCAGCAGUGGAGGAGCAGGGGGUGGUGGCACAGGUAAUGGAGGAGGAGGAGGAGGAGGAGGCAGCAGUAGUAGUAGCAGUGGCAGCAGCACAGGAGGAGGGAGCAACAUUGGUGGCGGAAAUGGACAAGCUAAGAACUGGAACAAAACUGAGACAGGUUCCUGGAAUGCUAGCCAUUCCAGCACUAACAAUCCCAGCAGCAACAAUAGCAACAACAGUAACAACAAAGGACCGAAAGCUUUCGGGCAUACUGGUAGUGGCUGGGAGGAACCGUCCCCUCCAUCUCAGCGACGACAAGUUGACAAUGGCACCUCAUAUUGGGGCGACCCAGCGCAGCAACCACAACCUCAAAAUUGGAAUAGUAUUCCUCCAAAUAUUAACAGUUCACAAAAGCAACAACAGCAACAACAACAGCAACAGCAACAGCAACAGAGACAAAAAGAUGAUACACAGUGGAACAAAGGAACCAGCUCCAAGCAACAAAAUUCAGGUUGGGGAGAACCCGUCUCAACGAAACCUCCAGUCGAUGAUGGCACCAGUAUUUGGGCACCAAGCGUUCAACAGCAGGCAAAAUCUAAUGGUUGGGAUACCAGUGGCACACAGUGGGGGGGAGCAGCUUUGGCUCCCAAACAUAAACCAUCAACUAACUGGAAUGAUAAUGACAUAAGUACUUGGAAUCCUCAGAGAAAGACUGGCUCUCUGCAGCAAGGUUGGAGUGAUGAUAGCAGUGGAGGAAAUGCUGGAGUUGAUUCACUCUGGCAUGAUGCUGACAUGGGCACUUGGAAUGAAGGAUCUCAGGAUAACAGCUCUUGGAGCAGUGCCUCAGGAUGGAAGGGGAAAAGAGGAAAUUAUAAGGGUGCUAACAAGUUUCCUGGUGGUGCUAAUCAAGCUCCUCAAAUGAGAGUAAAACUAUUACAACAACUUACUGACAUGGGAUUUAAGAGAGAUGAUGCCCAAACAGCUUUGAUCAGCAAUAAUAUGAACUAUGAUAGCGCCCUUGCUGACUUGCGACAAGGCGCUACAGCCAUGAAGAAAGACAACAAUGAAGAUGUAUUCCAGGGUGAUACAAAGCGCAAAUUAUCUGGAAUUGUUGACUCGAGUGGCUUAAGUGAUGAGAUAUCUGAUAGUCAGUCUGAAAGUGGUCAUUUUGUGCCUAAUAUCUCCAUGCAGAAUACUUCAUUUCCAAAUGCUCAAUCCCAGUUAUCCAAUCAAUCCCUGCCUCUUUCUCUCAAGCCUAGCUCUAGUCUGCCACAGCCAGGCAUGGCAAUGAACUCUAGUAGUCAAAGUACAAGCCUUCAACAAAAACUGAUGCACAAGCUGAACCAACAGCAGCAACAAUCACAACAGCAGCAGCAACAAAUGCAACAGCAACAACAGCAGCAGCAGUCCCAGCAAGCCUCGAUGCAAAUAAACCACCACCACCAGCAACAGCAACAACAGCAGCCCCAGGUACAGUCUCAUCCGCAGCCAGCAUUGAACUCCUCACAGGGGCCAGUUGGGGGCCGAGGAGGAAGUGGCACCAACACCAGUGCUGCUGGAGCUGGUGGAAGUACUGGUACCGGUAGUGGUGGUGGAACAAGUGCCAGUGGCGCCAACCAACUCCCAACCAACAACACUGUGCAGCAACAAAUGGCACAACAUCAGAUUUUGCAACAGCUGCGAAUGGCCGUCCAGGCUGGGUUAAUAAGCCCACAGUUGCUGAAUCAGCAGCUGCCUCCUCCAAUGCUUGUGCUUUUGCAGCAACUUCUACAGAUGCAGUCAGGCCUACAACAGCUGGUGACCAGACAGCAGAUCCUACAGCAGCAGAACAAGGGUGGCGGUUGUGGUGGCAGCAACCGGCAGCAAAUGGACCAAACUCUCCUUACAAUCAGCAGAUUCAAACACCAAAUGCUUCAGCUUCAGCAGCAGAUUGCUCAGGCACAACAGAACCUUCCUAAGCCGGCAACUGUGCUUGAACCGAUCGAGGCUUUCUCUCCACUUCAAAAUGACAUGACCAAUCUAGCCAUCUCUACUUGCUCACAAUCCCGUCUUCUCAAUCAAUGGAAACGUCCGUCUCCUGAAAAAGAUGCCAAUAUUCCUGAUAACAUGAUGAACAAGGCAGUGGGUUCGAAACCUGUUCAUCAUCCCAUGUCCACUUCAAAUCUGGGAAGGUACGAUCUAAGUCUAGGUCUCAGUGAUGCCACUUGGUCAAAUGUUCCCACUACAUCAUCCCAAAAUUGGCCAAAUGUAGCUCCCAUUGGAACAAAUAGUCAGGCCGAACAGUCCAAGGACAAUUCUGAGGUGAAGGAUUCUCAAACUGCUAGCUCUUCUUCAUCCUCUGCAUUCAAUCUAAAUGACAUGAUUCCAGAGUUUGUGCCUGGCAAGCCUUGGCAAGGGAUUACAGGUGCCAAAAGUGUGGAGGAUGAUCCAUAUAUCACACCUGGUAGCUUUUCUCGCUCACUUAGUGUCAACACCAUCAAAGAUGAUUACUUGACCAACUUUUCUGCAACUAUUACCAAAUCCAGUCCAAUUGUCACAUCAGAAUCUUCUGGAGGAACCUGGCCAAUGAAAGACUUCCCCAAGACAAGCAAUUCUCAGCCUAUUGUUGGCGGAGGAAGCCAAAAGAGCUGGACCCCGUCUGAAUCUGUAACCACCCCCACCAGUUUCACUUCUGAGGUCUGGGGUGUGCCUUUGCAACCCAAAUCCAGUGGCAGUUCUGCUCGCCCACCUCCUGGCCUUGCUCACAACAAAACUACUUCAGCAUCAACAUCCAACUGGAGCUCCAACUCCUUCCCUGGCAGCCGUCAGGGAUCUUGGUCUGGAAGAUCAAGUGAACCUUUCACCUCAGUACCAAGUCAUCUUGAUCAACAAAUGGCAAGGAUCAACUCGUCCGCUUCAUGGGCUGUAAGCAACUGGUUGGUUCUCAGGAAUCUCACACCCCAGAUUGAUGGCUCCACUUUGAAAACUUUGUGCCAACAGCAUGGGCCUCUGCAAUUUUUCUAUCUGAUUCUCAACCAUGGCCAGGCUCUUGUUCGCUAUUCUUCUAAAGAUGAAGCCAUAAAAGCUCAAAAAGCCCUGAAUACCUGUGUGCUUGGGAAUACUACCAUUCUAGCUGAGUUUGUCUCUGAACGUGAGGCUACUCAUCUGGUUGAGCAGAGUUCAACAACAACGGCUACACCCCCUUCCACUAGUCAAUGGUCACAGUCGUCUCAGUCAGAUUACCGACCCCCACCUCCACCACAACCAGGGGCACCUCCCCACUAUAGCAGCCGCAACGAAAACACACACUGGAAUAUGCCUGCCUCUGUAUCAUUUGGAGGGUUUCCAGGAAAUGCCAUGUGGAAUACUAGUCUCUGGGGAGGAGUUCCGCUAGAGGAUCCUGGUUCUACUCCUCUGUUAGGCAAUAUUCUUGGGGGAGAUUCCAUGUGA